AUGGGCAAUACUACAUCAUCAAAUAAUAAUCGUGAAAAGUCAGCUGAGCACGUUGAUGGCGGUACAGUGUACCCGCAUCCUGAUUCCGUCUACUUCAACACGCAGCAAGAUUGGGAUAAGGUUAUCGUGCGUGACUUGAUCUUGCAGCGUAAACUAGCCCCGUUCUACAAGGGAUUGAACGACUACAACGACGAUAUGUCUGAUAUCGAUAUUCUUCAGCAAAAGUACAAUGGUAGCCUACCGCCCAACUCUCCGCACGUUUCCCCUCAAUCUCAGGUAAAAACGCCGAGGAGAUCAGCUUCAUCUUCAUCCACGAAUCUUAAGAAGCCGACAAUUAAUCCCGAGACUUUCAUCUACAAGAAUGCCCAGGAAUGUCCCAUUUGCUUCCUUUUCUACCCCUCAAACCAGAACCGUAGCAGAUGCUGCGAUCAGCCACUGUGUAGUGACUGCUUUGUCCAGAUUAAGAGGUCUGAGCCUUCAACCACUCACCUCGAAUCUGAGCCUGCCGCAUGUCCUUACUGCGCGCAGGACAACUUCGGUAUCACGUAUUCCCCUCCACAGUGGCGUACCGGCAACGGUGCUAGUCCUUCUCUCGAGUCCAACCUCGAUAAUCUCGUUAAUGAGAGCUCUGCGCAAACUCAAAGGCCUCGCAGAAAAUCCAUCAGCGCUGAUAGCUCCGACGUGGUCACUAGUGACGCCAUUCGCCCAGAAUGGAAAGCUAAACUGGAGUCAGUGCGUGCGCAAGCCGCUCGUCGCGCUAACAGAAGAAUCAUCAUGCGUCAAGUCGGCGAUAGACUGGUGCCCAUUGGGGUGACAUCAUCCAGACAUCCCCUCGCAAACUCUCAACUUCCACCAGGUCUGUUCCUCUCCUCAGAAGGCGAUGUCCAGUCGAGCCCCCACCAAGCUAAUCCAGAACAAGGGACGCAGAGAGUGCGCAGUCGCUCCGGUAGGAGAGCGGUUGAUAACUUGGUCAACAGUCUCGGAAACGGUGCUGACUUGGAGGAUGCAAUGAUCUUGGAGGCUAUGAGACUUAGUUUGCUAGAAGAGGAGGAGAGAGGUAGGCGUCGUGAGGAGGAGGAGAUUCACGAGAGACAGGCACUCGAAAGAAGUUCCUCACAAGUGGACAUUACAUCGGCAGAUAAUCAACAUACCCACGAACCGAUCCAGACACCAACAGCAGCACACACUGUGCAUGAAGCACCACCAAUUGCACCACCAACUGACACCCUGCCUGAGAGAACAACAUCGAUCCACAACAACAACAACAAUGGCGAUCAUUCCAGUCCUGAAGACAAGAAUUCACAACAGAGCCGGCCUUGGAGUGAUUCAGUUGAUGGGGAGGGAGUGGUUUCGGAAUUUGGGGUUGAAACAGCUGCAGAUACAGCAGUACCGGCAGGCAGCCGCCCACAGGAAUAA